AUGGUUCGCAUCACGCUACCCUUCUUCUCCUUUUGCCUCUCGGCGCUCUCGUCGACGCUGGCUGCUGACGCGGUGACUCAAGUCCACUUGGGGUUUGCUGCGAGCUGCCCCUACGGCAUCUCGGUGUCCUUUGCGAGUAGCCAAGCCCAGCCCUUCUCGGUCAAGUUUGGAGACAACCAAGUGGCGACGUCGACCGCCACGACAUACUCGGACGGGAACUACAAGUCGCCCCAUUUGCACACAGCCGACCUCUGCAAGCUCACGCCUCGCAAGACAUAUCCGUACUCGAUCGGGUCGUUCCAGGCGUCGUUUGUGGCUCCACCGGCGCCCGGCGAUAGUGCAGCGCCGACGGUGCUCGGUAUCGUCGGCGACAUGGACUUCAACGACCGAAGUCUCCGCAGCUUCCGCACACCGGUCAACGGCCACAAAACGCAAGCGAUUCUCGUCGCCGGCGACUGGACGUACGCCAACGGGAAGCAAGACAAGUGGGACAAGUGGUUCGACUUGCAAGUGCCGACGCUCUCGACACUGCCGACGACAGGGAUCAAUGGCAAUCACGAAGUGACGGUCGGCGGUGAAAAGUACAAGGCGUACCUGCGGCGCGUGCCCGGUCCGAUCUCUGAGACCAACAAGGCGGCGUUCCGGACGUACUAUGCGAUCAACGUCGGUCUUGUCCACGCAGUCUUCCUCGACGAUUACGUGGGAUCGCAAAGCGGGAGCGUCGGCAGCAAAGGCUGGCUCGCCGAGCGCAACCAGCAGUUGGAGUGGCUCCAAAAGGACUUGGCGGCCGUCGACCGAACCAAGACGCCGUAUGUGAUUGUCAUCAAGCACAACCCGUUCUACAACACGUUUGACGACCACCAGUGCGUGUGCGGGUCGACACCGUUCGAGAUCAGCAACGUCGAGACGUGUUGGGCAGGCAAGUACAAGAAGGCGUCGUCCGAACCCCACUGCGGCCUUCAAGCCAAGCUCGAAGACGUCUGCAGCAAGUUCAAAGUCAACGUCGUCUUUGCCGGUCACUGCCACGCGUACGAGCGCACGCACCUCGUCUUCAAGAACAAGGUCGACAAGACCAAGGGCAUUGUGUACGUCACGACGGGCGCGGGCGGCCGUGGCCACGGCGGGCGUCGCGUCUCGUCCGUGCCGCAGUGGUCGGCCUUUGCCGAAGGGGACAUUUACGGCACGUCGCGCAUCAUCGCCACGCGCACCAACAUGCAAGUGCUAUGGGUCGCCCACGACAACAUGGCCAAGCCGCUCGACGCAUUCACGGUGCUUCCGUAA